AGUUUUUUCAGUAGAAUUACAUAUUAUAGGGUAGCGAAUUCGUCUACAUCUACGUUUGCGUCUUCCUUGGAUUCGUACCGAUUCUGUGUGCCGGUGCAGGAUACGGAUUGGUGAAGUUGCAAAAUAGAAGGCGACGAAGAUUGAAGAUACUUCAGGAGGCGAUUCAGAAACGAAAUGAUGGUCGUAUCUGCGUCGAUAAGAUGAUUGUACGUGAGUGGUUGCACGCGAACCAUCGUCGUCUCGUAAAAGUGAAAUUUGGGCCAGAGGCAGUGUUGCACAUCGUCGAUCGAAAGGGAGAAGAACUGCGCACAUUCGACUUCAGCAGCGUUAACACGAUAACUAUGGAGGAAUCACAGGAAAGCGAAAACGGACAUCGUAAGGCUCUUGUGUUAUUACGCAUACCACGCGAUUACGACCUUGUUCUUGAACUCGAUUCACUGGCUUCACGUAGAAAGUUCAUUGCAAAAUUGAAGGCGUUCUUGGCAUCACAAGAGAAACAUUUCACACUUACUCAAGUCGCACGAGAUGUCAUGCUGGCAAAAGCAGAAACCAAAGAGCGCCGACAAAAAAAACUCGAACAGUUCUUUAGAGAAGCGUAUGCUUUGACUUUCGGGUUACGACCUGGCGAACGAAGGCGGCGAUCGGAAGACAGUGAUACUGGUGAAGUCGUCACAGUAAUGCGUACUUCGCUUUCUAAGAGUGAAUUUGCGAGUGCUCUCGGUAUGCGGCCUGAUGCAGUUUUUGUAAAAAAAAUGUUCAAUAUUGUUGAUAAAGAUGGCGACGGUAGAAUUUCCUUCCAGGAAUUCUUGGACACAGUUUUACUGUUUUCUCGCGGCAAAACCGAGGACAAAUUACGCAUCAUUUUUGAUAUGUGCGAUAAAGACAGCAAUGGUGUAAUCGAUAAAGAGGAAUUGUCAGAAAUGUUAAGAUCGCUAGUGGAAAUAGCACGUACUACGAGUCUCUCGGAUGAUCAUGUUACGGAAUUGAUCGACGGCAUGUUUCAAGAUGCCGGACUUGAAAGGAAAGACUAUCUUACAUAUAAUGAUUUUAAGUUAAUGAUGAAAGAAUACAAGGGGGAUUUUGUUGCGAUCGGUCUCGAUUGUAAAGGUGCUAAGCAGAACUUCCUCGACACAUCGACGAAUGUUGCGCGCAUGACUAGCUUUCAUAUCGAUCAACUGCCGUCAGAGGACUCGAAGAGUUGGACACGUAAACAAUGGGAUGCUAUAUCAACUUUCCUUGAAGAGAACAGGCAAAAUAUAUUCUAUCUUUUUAUGUUCUAUGUGAUUACCAUAGCUCUUUUUGUCGAAAGAUUUAUCCAUUAUUCUUUCAUGGCGGAACAUACAGAUCUGAGACAUAUAAUGGGCGUAGGAAUUGCUAUAACCAGAGGAUCUGCAGCUGCGCUAUCAUUUUGCUACAGUCUUCUAUUGUUGACGAUGUCGCGUAAUUUGUUGACGAAACUCAAAGAAUUUUCGAUUCAACAAUACAUCCCACUAGACGCACAUAUACAAUUUCAUAAGAUUGCAGCAUGUACAGCACUUUUUUUCUCUGUGCUGCAUACAGUUGGUCAUAUUGUUAAUUUUUAUCACGUUUCUACACAGCCGAUAACGCAUCUCCGUUGCCUCACUAGUGAAAUCAGCUUUCCUAGUGACGCGCGACCUACUAUUGCUUAUUGGUUGUUCAGAACAGUGACUGGUUUAACCGGUAUAUUUCUCUUCGUUGUCAUGACGAUCAUUUUUGUCUUUGCACAUCCAACCAUACGACAGAAAGCUUAUAAAUUCUUUUGGUCAACUCAUAGUCUUUACGUGGUUCUGUACGCGUUGUGCCUAAUUCAUGGCUUGGCACGUCUAACAGGCUCACCACGAUUUUGGGUAUUUUUUGUCGGCCCAGCGAUUAUUUAUGCAUUAGACAAAGUCGUAAGUCUGCGAACUAAAUAUAUGGCUCUGGAUAUCAUCGAAACCGAAUUAUUACCCUCAGAUGUAUUAAAAAUCAAGUUCUACAGACCUCCAAACUUGAAAUAUUUGUCGGGUCAGUGGGUGCGUCUUGCUUGCACCGUCUUCAAGUCCAACGAGUUUCAUUCCUUUACAUUAACUUCAGCACCACAUGAAAAUUUUUUGUCAUGUCACAUCAAAGCUCAGGGACCAUGGACAUGGAAACUGCGGAAUUAUUUCGAUCCUUGCAAUUAUAAUCCGGAAGACGAGCAUCCGAAAAUACGGAUAGAGGGUCCGUUUGGGGGAGGAAAUCAGGAUUGGUAUAAGUUCGAAGUUGCAGUGAUGGUAGGAGGAGGUAUUGGGGUCACUCCUUACGCUUCCAUGCUUAAUGACCUUGUAUUUGGAACAUCCACUAAUAGAUAUUCCGGUGUCGCUUGCAAGAAGGUGAAAUGAGAUUAACGUAAAUUAAAACAAGAUAUAUUUUUUUAAUAUUUUAUAUGCAUGCGUUCACACGUGCAC